AUGAAGAUGGCGGACGCCAAGCAGAAGAGGAAUGAACAGUUAAAGCGAUGGCUGGGCUCGGAAACGGAUCAGGAGCCUCCUGUGCUGAAAAAGAAGAAGACGAAGGUGAAGUUCGAUGAUGGCGCCGUGUUUCUGGCCGCUUGCUCAAGCGGCGAUACUGAGGAGGUGCUCCGUAUGCUUGACCGGGGAGCUGACAUCAACUACGCCAAUGUAGACGGUCUCACCGCUCUCCACCAGGCAUGUAUAGAUGACAAUGUUGACAUGGUGACUUUCCUGGUGGAGCAUGGAGCAAGUGUCAACCAGCCCGACAAUGAGGGCUGGAUCCCCCUCCACGCUGCAGCUUCCUGCGGAUACCUAGACAUAGCCGAGUAUCUCAUCAGCCAGGGAGCCAACGUCGGUGUUGUGAACAGUGAGGGCGAGACGCCGCUGGACAUUGCCGAAGAGGAGGCCAUGGAGGAGCUUUUGCAAAAUGAGAUCAACCGACAAGGGCUAGAUAUCGAGGCAGCCCGAAAAGAGGAGGAGCGGAUCAUGCUGAGGGAUGCCCGGCAAUGGCUCAAUAGCGGCCAGAUCCAAGACACCCGGCAUGCAAAAUCUGGCGGAACGGCACUCCAUGUAGCUGCUGCAAAAGGAUACGUGGAGGUUUUAAAGCUUUUAAUCCAGGCAGGGUAUGAUGUAAAUAUUAAAGACUAUGAUGGCUGGACUCCUCUACAUGCGGCAGCACACUGGGGGAAAGAAGAAGCAUGUAGGAUACUGGUGGAAAAUCUAUGUGACAUGGACCUCAUUAAUAAGAUGGGCCAGACUGCUUUUGAUGUAUCAGAUGAAGAUGUUCUGGGAUACUUGGAAGAACUACAAAAGAAACAAAAUCUGCUGAUGAGCGAGAAGAAAGAUGUUAAGAAAUCACCUUUGAUUGAAACAACCACCACAGGGGACAACAACCAAUCACUGAAGUCACUCAAGAGCAAAGAAACGCUGCUCCUGGAGCCAGAGAAGAGCGCGCCACGCAUCGAAACCUUAGAACCCGAGAAAGUGGAUGAAGAGGAUGAGGGGAAGAAGGACGAAUCGAGCUGCUCCAGUGAAGAGGAGGAGGAAGAAGAUUCAGAGUCUGAGACUGAAGGAGACAAGAGCAAACCCUCAGCAGCGGUAAGCAACACAACGCCCACUCCAGCCAGCGUCAGCGUGUCUUCUCCAACUAGCCCAACGAACCAGGUGACGACUCCCACUUCUCCCAUUAAAAAGGUUGUUCAGCCUGCUGGAAGGGUCUCAACUAAAGUGGAGGAGGAGAGGAAGGAUGAGUCUCCGGCAUCGUGGCGUUUAGGUUUGAGGAAGACGGGCAGUUAUGGAGCACUGGCAGAAAUCACAGCCACCAAGGAAGCCCAGAGAGAGAAGGACACUACUGGGGUGAUGCGCUCAGCCUCAAGCCCACGUCUCUCUUCCUCCCUCGACAACAAAGAAAAAGAAAAGGAAAAGGACAGAGGGACUCGACUUGCCUAUGUUGCCCCGACCAUCCCCAGGAGACUGGCCAGUACUUCAGACAUAGACGAGAAGGAAAACAGGGACUCUACUGCUCUGAUACGUAGUGGCUCUUACCCCCGACGACGCUGGGAUGAUGACCUGAAGAACAGUGAAGGAAGUGCAUCCACCAAUCGAACGUCCAGCUAUCAACGCAGCGGUUCUUUUGGCAGAAGACAUGAGGACUUAAGUUCCUCAGCCUCCUCCUCCACGACCACCACCACCUCCUCAUCUGUUACCUCGCCCACAGGCCACCGCGGCCUGCUGUCCAGUCUGGGCUCUUCCUCCACUCGAACUGGCUCCACCGGUCUCACCAGCAGGUUCUGGUCAGAGGAGAGUGCGGAGAAGGAGUCUGCUGCAGUAAUCCCCACUAUAAACACUGGCUCUACCACGACCGCCACGUCUACCACUACCACCAGCGCCAUAUCAACCACUACCACCACCACUGGCACCGUCACCGUCACUAGCACUGGCUCUGAGCGACGCAGGUCAUAUCUGACGCCAGUGCGAGACGAAGAGUCGGAGUCUCAAAGGAAGGCUCGAUCCAGACAAGCCCGGCAGUCCAGGAGGUCCACCCAGGGCGUGACUCUGACUGACUUGCAAGAGGCCGAGAAAACAAUCGGCAGGAGUCGCACCCCAAAGACCUGGGAGGAGGAGAAGGAGGAGAAGGAGAAGCAGGACAAGGAGAAGCAAGAGGAGAGGAAGGAGGCAGAGACAAAGGAGGACGAUUACCGAUCCAAGUACCGCAGCUUUGAAGAGCGUUACCGGCCUUCAUCUUCCUCUUCGACCUCCGCCAUUUCCACAGUCAGCACUGCCUCCACAACUCCUUACUCGAGCUCCGCGUUAUCUUCCAGCUCCCUCAAUAGGCCUAACAGUCUGACGGGGAUCACCUCGUCGUAUAGCCGCUCCUCCAGAGAUACCGAAAAAGAAACAGAUAAGAAGGAGGAGGAGAAGGAAGGAGAGGAUAAGUCUCAGCCCCGCUCCAUACGGGAUCGCAGGCGGCCCCGCGAGAAGAGGCGCUCCACCGGCGUGUCCUUCUGGACCCAAGAUAGUGAUGAAAAUGACCCUGACCAGCAGUCUGACUCAGAGGAGGGCAGCACCAAAGGAGACCCACAGAGUGACAGAUUGUCAAGGAAUGAGAGCACUUCAUCUUUAGAUCGCAACGACACUCUUUUUAGCCGUAGCUAUGGUGAAAGUCGAAGGCCGUACUCAAGCCGACUGGAUAGAGAUGACACCACUGACUACAAGAAGCUGUACGAGCAGAUUUUAGCCGAGAACGAGAAGCUGAAGGCCCAGUUACGCGACACAGACCUGGAGCUGGCGGACUUGAAGCUACAAUUAGAGAAGGCCACGCAGAGGCAGGAGCGCUAUGCUGACCGAUCACAGCUUGAGAUGGAGAAAAGGAGUGACAGAUUGUCAAGGAAUGAGAGCACUUCAUCUUUAGAUCGCAACGACACUCUUUUUAGCCGUAGCUAUGGUGAAAGUCGAAGGCCGUACUCAAGCCGACUGGAUAGAGAUGACACCACUGACUACAAGAAGCUGUACGAGCAGAUUUUAGCCGAGAACGAGAAGCUGAAGGCCCAGUUACGCGACACAGACCUGGAGCUGGCGGACUUGAAGCUACAAUUAGAGAAAGCCACGCAGAGGCAGGAGCGCUAUGCUGACCGAUCACAGCUUGAGAUGGAGAAAAGGAACCUUCCACAGGUAAAGCAGGUUCAGGCCCUGCGGCAGGUUAAGGAGCGGCUGCAGGCUGAGAAUCGGGCACUGGCCCGCGUGGUGGCCAAGCUUUCGCAGUCGGCCUGCAGCCAGCUGCCCGCCGUCGACCUCUAAGCCACAUCCAUCUGUCCACCGCCAUCUCUUCUUCUUCUUCUUCUUCUUCUUCCCCCUCACUUUCCCCCUUCCUGACCCUUUUCUUCUCAUGCUCCAUUUGCGCUCUGCCCCGCCCCCACACACAGGCAGGUGUCCAGCCGCCCAACCAUGACUGGUUUUGUGAAAUCCCUUUUCUGCCCCCACCUGCCUCCCCAGAGCUUUUGGUUUUCAUAUUGGGGAAGGCGUUUGAUUUAUUGUUUUUAUUUUAAAACGGGACACUCUCCUUUCACAGCACAGAACACUGAAGUGCUUUCCACACCUAUCAGGAGUUUGAAAACGUCCUCCUAGAUAUGUCGGAUAAACUACGAUGCGUAGAGCGGGUUGAAGCAAAGUCUUUAAGGGAAAGUGGUUCUGGAUGUGAGGGCCUAAAAUACUGACAAAUUCACAAAGCGCUGUAAAGGAAAGUGUCCUCUUUGUGGUUUGUAGUUUGACGCUUUCCUCAGAGGGAGCUCAGGUGUUCAGUUUGGCUUGUUCUGGCUUCUUUGCAUGAAGUGGCUUAUAAUGGCAGCACUUUUUUUGUAUCGUUUAAUAUUGGCCCAAAUUUUUUCGAACUGAACCCACAUCCCGUGCGUUGGAGAUUUUCUACAGUAAAUAUGCAAGACAACUGCAUGCGCAGACGAGUUGGUUUGGACGCUGGUUUUGCCCUUUGCUCCUCAAGUAGCAAAUAUUCAGUCAUUUUCACAAGUGUGUAAUUAUCAGAGACGGGACUGAAGCCUCACAGAGACGCUCGGCAUCGAACAUUUUUCCAUCUUUGUGCAGUCAUCUUGUAGAUCCAGACGCGUCCCAGUGUGACAUUAUGCUUUAGUGGAGAAAUGCAAGCUGUGAUGGCUCUUAAGUACUAACAUGACAAUAAACGGUCACCUCUCUGAACAGAGAUUCAGGCUUUUAAUUUUUUUUAUUUUUUUAUUUUUUAAGAUCACAAUAUACAUCCCAAGUCUAUUUUCCUGUGUCCCUGUCGGUGACCUCAGGGGGGCAGCAUGAGGUCCAGCAUCCUGCAGAGUGAUGCUUCGAAGUAUGAGCGGGCUGUAUUUUAUUUAAUGGAACCACACUCCUGUCUGUAAUAUCAUUUUGGAUUUAACUGCAUUUGUCCCAGUCAACAGUCCAUUCUUACAAGUCUCAUCUUAUUAAAGACAUCCACAAUCACAUCCUUAAUCUUUUCACCUUUACAAGGGGGAUUAGAUAUACAUUUCAGUGCCUUAAUCAUUUAUUUCAUCACCCAAAAGAUCAUUUUAGAUAUCCACAAUACCAUUUUAAUUCUAAGUAAUUGUUUUUAGAUUUACAUCUAAUAUCAAAGUUCCCAGAGGGACAGAGGGUCAUCACCGGCACUUUACAACACACAGGCGCACAGCUUCUAACAAUAUGUUAUCCAUGUUCAUCCUUAGGAGGUGAGAGAUUUCAAGUAGGAGACGCCACACUCAAAGGAUUUAUGACACUUUUCUUUUUUUUCUUUUUAUCCCGAGUUUUUCUUACUUUUAUCCAGUUCUGAGACAAAUGUUUUCGCCUUUAUUGUUUCAGUGAGAAGUAGAAGGCGUCUAUGCCGUGACAGUAAAUGCUAUGCAAACUGGAAAACUGUCAGAAUGGGAAGGAUGGAAGUUACAGCUCUGGGCCUGGUCGGAUCUUGGGGUGAAAGAUAAAUGUAGAUCAAAAAGAUCUAAAUGGACAUCCAGCUAGUCUUGACUUGUCCAGUAGCACAACACUCAUGCCUAGAAUGUAAUCGAUAUCAUUAUCUCUGAAUUUUCUGUUCGCAACAUUCAUGUCAAACUGUAUUUUCACCUGCCCAGCAUGUCCAAACUCUGGGAGCAUAAUCUCCCGACACCAGCCGGCGCUGUGAUCAUGACUUGAUCUGCUGCAGAUCAAACGGUCUUGACUUUGGGUCUUUGAUGUGUGUUUUCUCUGGCUGCCGGUGGGCAGCCGCUCAGGUCCUGCAUGGCUUUGUCAGGAACUUUGGCCUGUGGCUCGCCCGCUGCUCCUCCCCCUCCCGUAACCCGGAUCAAAGAUUGUGGAUCGAUUUUUAUUUUGCUUCCUUCUGUUUAAAAACCCCCCAAAAAAGGCAGCCAAAACUCAAGCAAUGCCAUGCGACCCCUGAGACUGCUUAUUGGGGCUGCAAUUAACAAGUUUGUCAAACGGACGUGAUCGGUUUUGAGAGCACCUGUGUGUCAAGACUCGUCUAAGCCGUCUCUCUCUGUCUGCUCCUCCCUACCCUCUGUUCCCUUUUAUUCCCUUUCAGAUGCUCCCAGACUUGAAAGCA